ACGCGCGCGCGUGCUGGACCUGCGUGUGAUCUUUUACCGCGUCUCUCGCCUCGCCGCGCCACGUCGCAUCACGUCGCGUCACGUCCCGCGCUCUCGUUCGUGUGCAGCAUCCGCGUACGUUUUCCCGUGUAGGCACGCACGGUGCACCUGCGCGAUCGAUUCCCGAGGGAAAAGAGAGAAGAAGAAAAAAUGCAGCUGACGACCUGUUGCAGAUGUUGUUCCUUGAAAACGGGAACAAUUUUCAGUGGAGUAUGUGGCAUCGUACUAGCUGUGCUUUUCCUGAUCCUGAUCUUCACGGCGAACGUAGAAUGGAAAACGAUAAUCGUCGACAUUCUAGACAAGACAGCCGUAAAGAUCAUCUUCGCCAUCAACCUCUGCAUGACCAUCCUCAUCUCUACAUUACUCAUAAUCGGUGCUUUAAGGAAAAAUACAUUUAUGAUGCUUCCAUGGGUGGUUCUGGGUCUUAUGCUAGCCGUCGCCUUUCUUGUGAGCGUCCUUUACACUGCAAUUAUGUUCUUAGUAAACGGCGAAGUUCUUAACGGCGUUCUUUGGCUCGUAUUUGGCCCAAUUGCCGUCGCAAUAUACACGUACAUGUGGCUGGUGGUGUACAGCUAUUUCCAGCAACUGAAGAUCGAGAAGAUGAGCAAAAGAAUGGGUCCUUAUGGAAAGCCGUACAAUUACCGACGAGCAUGAGAUUGAAUGUGUAGAUACGCGAUUGCAGAGGCCUGUCAGCGAAAGCGAUCGUGGAGAACGGUAUGACGACCGCAGCAACCGCUACCGCUCGUAUAAACAUUUACAAACUCGUCGACUCACGACACGUUGUUAGAAUCGGUUGCAAGUUGCAGCGGUUUAUAUCGUUUUUGCCAAUAAUAAGUAUCUUUGCACGGAGAGAACAAUUUUGCUGAAGUAUCUAAAAAUUUAAAUAGAUUACAAAUG